CCGAUAUUUGUUCAGCUAACAAACGAAGAGCAAAGGUAACCCCCACUCCCUCCAGCAAAGAAUAUCAUCAGAUACAUUCGGUGUGAAAAUGUUAGCGGUCCCUGGUCUGACACUCCGUAUAAAUCACCGGCUCGCAUUUCACUGGGGUUAAGGAUUCAGGGGAACGGGUUCAAGACCCGACCUGUCCUUUCCCGCCCUCAGCCGCCACAAGCAGCCUCCCGGGUUCAAACUGAGGAGCUGUGGGGGAAAACCAGAGGCUUGAACAGCGGCUGUCCCGGGACGCGAGCGGCGGGAAGGAGCAGAAGAAAGUUACCACGGAAUUCGCAACCCGGUCGGUCUGCCCGAGAGAGUCAAGAGCGGGCGGGAGAAAGGAGAGAUAGAUGUGGAGGUGAGAGAGGGAUGGCCGCGCCCUGCCAACAGCUCGAUACAGGGGUGUGGAACCUCACGUCCAGCGGCUGGGCAGCAGAGCCGGACAACAACGCCACGGUGACUUCCAACCGCUCGGUAGGGAUCGUGGUGAGGGACGAGGUGGUGGCGCGGUUCGAGGUGGCCGUGCUCACCAUUAUCCUGAUCUUCGCCUUGAGCGGCAACAUCGGGGUCCUGUUAGCCAUCUACUCCAACCGCCACAAGCCCUCCAGGAUCUACUUCUUCGUCAAGCACCUGAGCAUCGCCGACCUGGUGGUGGCUAUCUUCCAGGUACUCCCCCAACUCAUCUGGGACAUCACCUUCAGGUUCUACGCGCCCGAUUUCCUCUGCAGGGCGGUGAAGUACUUGCAGGUAGUGGGCAUGUUUGCAUCUACCUACCUCCUGAUCGUCAUGUCCAUUGACCGCUGCAUGACUAUCUGCCAGCCCUUGAAGUCCCUGCAUCAGAGCUCCAACCGAGCCUUUGUCAUCUUCUCCUGGAUCAUCAGCCUUCUCUUCAGCCUCCCCCAGGUCUUCAUAUUCUCCCUCAGGAGGAUGGGUCCCGGCACUUACGACUGCUGGGGUGUCUUUGUGGAGCCUUGGGGAGCCAAGGCUUAUAUCACCUGGAUCACCCUCUCCGUCUAUAUCAUCCCAGUCAUCCUACUGAUCAUUUGCUACUCGCUGAUCAGUAUCAAGAUCUGUCAGAACGUGAAACUCAAGACCCGCAGGGAGGCGAAACCUUCAAGAGGUGGGGUGAUGUUGUCCCGGGUCAGCAGCGUGAAAAUCAUCUCCCGCGCCAAGAUUAGGACCGUCAAGAUGACCUUUAUUAUCGUCUUGGCUUACAUCGUGUGCUGGACGCCGUUCUUCAUCGUGCAGAUGUGGAAUGUGUGGGACCAGGAAGCACCCCAAGAGAACUGGGCCUUUGUCAUCACGAUGCUGCUGGCGAGCCUCAACAGCUGCUGCAACCCCUGGAUCUACAUGUUCUUCACUGGGCGGCUGUUCCACGACCUGGUCCAGCGCUUCCUCUGCUGCCCCAAGCAGCCUAGCAACACCGAGCAGCCCAGUGGCGAGCUGACCUGCAGCAAGAAGAGCAAUUCCUCCACCUUUGCCAUCAGUCUCAAGAGCUCAAGCAGUCAGAAGAGCCUCUCUGUCCAACAGCAGCAUGGGGGACAAUAGACCAAGGAGCUCUUGACUGGGUGUUACGAGGACAAUUCCCUGGGAUCCUUCCCCUUGUUUCUUGUUUCCUUACCCAUUUUGUAAGAUGCUGUGCCAGCGAUAAGUUCUAAUUCCUCUCAAAUAACCUUCACUGAUAGAGCUUGCCCUUAUAGCCGCUAGUUCCUUUGGGUGUACCAUUAUUACUACCAGCGGUUCUUUAAGGAGGGAAAUAAUUUGUGCUCCCAACUGGCUUGAACUAAAUAACUAUUGGCGGUGGAGGCAAUAAGUCACAAUCUCACUCCAGAGAGACUAGAGUUGACCUGAGGAGGCCAUCUCAACAAGAAGAGAUGGCCAUAAUUAGUUGCCAUUUGUUGGGUGCGGAAAAUUGGCCUGCAUUUUGCAACCGGCUGAAAUGCCAGCGUCGCAUUGAGAGGCUGGCACGGAUGUGACUGAGGCCCUAGAUAUCACUGAAGUCCUUAACUGCCUACACCUCGCCACCUUCUGAUUGUCUUCUCACCAGAAGUGUGAAACAAGCAUUAGCUGGUAAAAAUGCUAUGACUAUUAA